AUGGCUCCCGUCCGCAAGAAGAAAACAGAUGCUCGACAUUCGCCGGCAACGGUCAAAUGUCCAACAUGUGGUGGGGCCUUCCGCAAUAGAUUCCGUCUCAAUGCACACCUGGAGACACACAAGCCCAGAAAGGAUCGCAAGAUGUACCAGUGCACUCAUGAAGGUUGUACCCGGACUUUCACCACAAAGGGUAACCUCACUCAACAUAUGAUGGUACACGAAGAAGUUCGUGAGCUCUACCCUUGCCCAAUGAAAGGCUGUGAGACGAAGGUGCUGUCUCAGUCCCAGCUUGCUAGUCAUCUGGAGACGCACAAGGCAGAACGGAAAAGGUACUUCUGCACCGAGAAGGGCUGCGACAAGUCGUUCUCCUGCCAAAGUAAUCUCAAUUUUCAUGUGCGCACAGUACACGAGAACCAGCAACGUCAUCACUGCACCAAGGAAGGCUGUCCCAAGUCGUUCACAUCACGAAGUCAUCUCGAAAGACACAUACGGACCGUGCACAAGACCGCGCGACGUUUUCACUGCACCGAGGAGGGCUGUACCAAGUCGUUCAAGGAACGAAGUCAUCUCGAAAGACAUGUGCAGACCGUGCACAACGAGAAGCGACGACUUUAUGAAUGCUCCGAGGACGGCUGCGACAAGUCGUUCAAAACCAUCGAAGGGCGCCAACGACACAUCGAUGCCAAGCACUCCGAAAACCCCCCACGUCAUGAAUGCCCUGAGGACGGCUGCGGUAUGUCGUUCACAUGGGGCGGUUCUCUCAAGAAACAUCAGGAGAGCGCGCAUGGUGAACCGACAAAAGAGCAUCUGGCAUGGGUCGAAGGUCGGCGUUUGGAACGUGUAGCUUGGCUGGCUGAGAAGCGUGCGAACGGCAUAUGUGACGCGACAAAGUCCUGCGAUCGCCUGCCACUGGAGCCUCACAGCAAGUGUCUGGCUCACCUGAGCUUGAUCAAACCAUGGGAGGAGGCCCUUGCGGCCGCAGCAACGGCCGAGAAAGAUAAUUCCAAAAAGGCUCGCAAAGGGUUUGGCAGUACCAUCAUGGAUGCUGAUGACAUGAGAGAAAUACUGGAUGAUGGACUUCCCCUCAAGAUUGACUACUUCGACCUUUUCCGACAGGUCAAGGAUUCUGUGGAUCAGCCUGACGGCACCGAUUUCAUUGUCGACGUUGAGGGGUCCAACGCGAGUGCCCAAGCCUACGAAGUCUCAGUCUUCAGACCAGACAACACACGCAUUCUGACAACCGUCGUUGACUGGGAGAUGGAGACAAAGUGUCUAGGGGCCGACGGCAACUACAUUGAUGCUAAAACUGUAACCAAGAUCUACAAGGGAGGGAAGCGAACAUUCGGUAUGACGCGGGAAGACAUUGCUGACAAGCUAACUGCGGCUGGAAUGGAUGCGUUGAGCACUAUCUUUAUGUGGGGUGGCUCGCUAGACCUUCGUUGCCUCAAAGGAACACUUGGAGAGUUCAUGGACUUCCCGGAGGAGUCAGUCGAUUGCAUGAGACUAUGGAAAUCAUCUCUUCCUGGGCUGCCAAACCAUCAGCUGAGCACAGUAUACUCGAUCUGUUUUCCGGAUUCGGACCUCGUGUAUCAAAGACAUCGGGCAGAGGCAGAUACCAAGAUGUGUCUCAAGCUGAAUAAGCUGUUUGUGGAGAGCGUCGACUAG